AUGGCCGAUAUGCGGUACAUGACGGUUAAUUUGGAGGUUCCAUUUGGCGGCAUGCCACCCUGUUUUGUCGCGGCCACGGGCCAACAACAUGGCGUGCCACCCGUUGCGCAAGCUCAAUUCAUCCCCGUCUUGCCGCGGCCAGACAUCGGCGCCGUUCCUGGUUGGCAGCCGUGGCAAGAGCCCCCUGGUGUCAUCCCUCCUCCAUAUAACGCUGCUCCGCCUGCCGCCGCACCACCCGCAGCCGCAGCAGCAUCACCACCUCCGCCGACACCUACCAGUCCUCCGCUCCCCUCUGGCGCACACAUCCCUACCACAACCGACAAACCAGUUGUGCUCCCGUCAGGACAGGGCUACAUCUUCCCACAAACCCAUACCACCCUCCAUAUCAUUGAAUCUAAUUUUCCACCUUGGGAAAACCCGGGACGACCAUUCCAUUGGCGAUCCUUCCUCGCCCCUAUCACUUUGACCCUUAAGGGGCUCAUUGAACAAAUCUGUCCUGACAAGGGCCCUAAGGGAGAAAAGGUGACUAGUCGCGGAAUCACAGAGUGUCUUGAACUUGGGGACGGAGCAUGGUUGAAGGGCGCGGAGUUUUGGGUUGGGGAGAAGGGUAAGGGCGAUGCAAUGAAGGGCAAGGUUGGCCAGACUUUGAGUGAAGUAGGAUGGGAUGAGAGUCGCGGAACCGAAUCUCGACCGGUAUGGUUGGCGAUGUCCGUCGUCUAUGUUUAGAUUGUCCCAUUUUUUUUUUUUUUUCAUUGCCAGAGGCUCUGGGUAAUCUGAUACGUUGUCAAUAUGAUGGAUGAAUCCCCUUGAGCGCUUCCCAAGGUUAGGGAUAUAUGGGAUGUUGGUGGAUUAGUCUUAUUGCUUUUGCAUUCUUGUUUUGGAAAUUUCUUUAGACAUGUAUAAUUACCGGAUUCACUAGUGGUUGGCAUGAAAUCUGACCCGUAUUGAGCCUG